AUGGCGAAAAGUCGUAAGAAUCAGAAAACCAAGCGUGACGCUGCGACCGCUUCUGCCAAAGCAGCCGGCGUACCGCGAAGCAAAAAGCCUCCCCGUCUGCCUGACAUCAACGUUGAGGCGGCGAAUCGUCUGCAACAUCCACCGCCACUGCACCAGCGACAGCAACAAAUUCCUCUUCAUGCUCCUGGCUUCUGGCCUCAACAUGGUUGGUCUGGGGACCCCAAUCUCACAGUCCGCGAUAGCAGUCGCGAUGUCAGUCGCCCUGUUGGCCCUGAUGCAUUCCAGUUCCAUCCUAGCCCUUACGGCCGGCAGGAGCAGCAGAGCAGCUACCCGGGCGCCCCUGUCUAUGCAGGUUGGUACCUCAAACAUCCAUAUUCAAUGCCUUCUCCGUCCUAUGUCUCUUCGUACAUGCAGCCAAGGGUAGACCCAGCGUUUCUGGAAGGUCUUCGCUACCCAGGACACCAGCAGUCUUACCUGCCUCCACAAUAUGACCCCAGCAAGGAUGAAUAUGUCAAAGAGGCGGCAGCCGCGAAAGACUAUGGGAGCAAAGACAAAGGGAAGGAUCGAGCAGCGGUGCCGCAUAAUCCCCUUUUCCAGCUUCGUCCUGAGGCUCCCGAAUUCGUCCCAAAUGACAGUUUCACAUCGUUCGAAGAAGAGGAAACCGAUACGAAUACUGACACUGAUACCGCUUCGGCUUCGGAUUCUUCUUCUGAACCUCAAACUCAGCUUGGUCAUCGGAGACAGAGAUCAGCUACUUUCUGA